GUACGAAAAGAGAUUAUUUCACAAUUGUCCGACACUGGUGAUAGGACGUUUAUCAAUAUUUCAUUGGUGAACGAUUUAAAGAAUGAAUUCAAUAAAAUCGGAACACGAGAGUGAUGAUGAUCUUGCACUGGAAUGUGUCAGGUUGAAUGAUGCUUCGUCAGACAUCGAAGCAAGCGACAAAAAUCCAAACGAAGCGGGAGCGGAUAAACUGGAAUCGGGGAACAAGAAUGUCUCAACUUCGAUGAUGUCUAACAGUAGUAGUGAUCCAGAAGAGGACUACAUUCGCAGUCACUUGAUCAAUCUACACGUGUAUCAUGGAGUGUUAUUCGGAUCGGAAGCUGAGAAGUUGUUGACUUGGGAUCGUGCUUAUCUUGUGAGACGUGCAAUCACAAAACCAAAUAAGUUUUUGUGCAUUUCCGUCAACUGGAAAAAGAAAAUUUUUCACUAUCAACUGGACUUUAAUGAGGAUGGAUGGUGCUGCAAAAAGUUGUAUGAAAAGUUCCCCACAAUGCCAAACAGACGAUUCCUCCACAUUCGCCAGCUUCUGGAAGCCUGGCCUCAAGCAACACCUUUCCUGAUUCCAACGCCACGUGGAUCGAAUGUGCUUAUCCAUAGUACAAUCAACCUGGAUAAAAAGUUGGGUUGCGGAGCCUUUGGAGAGGUAUUCAAAGGACAAUACAAAGCAGUCGGAAGCACGAAUCCUCCAAUAGAAGUGGCUGUGAAACGAAUACUUGGAAAUGCAAAGAGAAAGCAAAUCCAAGAGUUUUGCAAUGAAGCUCAAAUCAUGACAGUGCUGCAACAUGAGAAUAUUGUUGCAUUUUAUGGAUUUGCCUCACUUGAAGAGCCAAUUAUGGUUGUCAUGGAAUUGGUCACGGGCGGAGAUUUGAGGAAGUACCUCCAGACCACUCAAAACAUUCCAAAACUACAAAUCCUGUGGUUUGCAAUGAACGUGGCGUCUGGAAUGAGACAUCUGUCGUCGAAAGGAAUCAUUCAUCGAGACUUGGCGGCAAGAAAUUGCCUCGUCACGCAGGAUCUCAAAGCCAAAAUAUCUGAUUUUGGGCUGUCUCUCCAAGGAACGGAAGUGACAACGAAAAACCUGGAGAAAGCUCCAAUCAGAUGGUUGGCACCGGAAUCGCUGAAAUCUGGAAUGUUUAAUGAGAAGACAGAUGUUUGGUCGUACGGAGUGUUCCUCACGGAGCUUAUGGCAAGAUGUGAGCACGAUCCAUUGUACCCAAAAAGUCUCAAAGAUGCCAAAGCCUGGAUUUUGACAGAAGAACGCCCACAUAAGAUGGAGAAUGGAGAUCCGAAAGAACUGAUGGUUCUCAUUGAUGCGUGCUGUGAAAGGAACCCGAACGAACGGCUCAAUUUCAAUACGGUGAAGCGACAAAUCACAGACAUCUAUAUGGAAGCAUUGAACAAAGGUCCCCAGGAUGGUCGAAAACCAGAAAACUCAGCUAUGACUGUGUUGACUUCAAAAACAUCAGAAGAUCGAACCAGGAUUUCAUUGAAUCGCAAGAAAUCUGUUGAUAGACAGAAGAUCCCGUCGUCAAGUAAACGAAGCUUCUUUUCAUCUCUUCGUAAGAAAAACAAGGAUCAAGUCACACUGCCAGCCGGAAUGUCUAUCAGCCCAUCAACUAAUUCAGCCAAACCACCAUCAUCAGAAACGCCAAACACUGGAAGCUCAUCACCAAAUGCACCAACACCGCCACCACAAGCCAAAUAGAUUUUGUAUUAUAACUCGAACUUCUUUUUUUUUUUUUCAUUUUCUCGACUCAAUGAAGAUUUUGGCUGGUG